ACCAAUUUGACAGGGUCUGACAGUUUGGAAACUUGUUUGUCAUCCGGUGAUUUGGUUUUUAUAUAAAGCAGAAGUGUUGUGAUUGUUUUCGAAUUGUAAUAAUAAAGUAGCAGAAAUGGCCAUGAUGAAUGAUUCUCGUCCACACUAUCCGGACUACUCCACGGCUGGAGCCGUACAGCAUUCGUUCAACCCUUACGCCGAUAACGGAGGGAGUGUUGUUGCUAUCGCCGGAGAUGACUUCGCAGUAAUUGGCGCAGACACCCGUCUCAGUACCGGAUUUGCCAUUUACACUAGGAAUCAGAAGAAGCUAUUCAAAUUGACUGACAAGACAAUCCUUGGCUGUGCAGGAUGCUGGUGUGAUACUCUCACACUGACCAGAAUUCUGAACGCGCGUAUGCAAAUGUAUGAGCAGGAGCACAACAAAACCAUGUCCACUACUGCUUGCUCCCAAAUGUUGUCAACAAUGCUAUAUUAUAAGCGUUUCUUCCCAUACUACAUCUCAAAUGUCUUAGUAGGACUUGACACUGAGGGAAAAGGUUGUGUGUACAGCUAUGAUCCAAUUGGCCAUUGCGAGAGGUCCACAUAUAGGGCUGGAGGUUCAGCUGGUGCUCUGUUGCAGCCCCUAUUAGACAAUCAAGUUGGUUUCAAGAACAUGCAAGGUGAUGCAUUUGAGAAGGUUACCAAGGAAAGGGCUAUUGCCAUCUUGAAGGAUGUAUUCAUUUCUGCUGCUGAGAGAGAUAUAUACACAGGUGACAGCAUUGUCAUCAAUCUUAUUACUAAAGAUGGAAUUACAGAAGAGACUUUCCCAUUGAGAAAGGAUUAAUUUAUCUUAAGAAAUACAUUUAACUGGAAUGGAAAAAAUUGUAUUUAAUC